CUUUUAAUAAAUUAAAAUGUCGAUUGAAUACGUGCUUUUGGUGAAACAAUAAUAGGUUUGUUUGUUUAAAAUUCCACCAGUUAGCAGUAGCAAAGGUUAUUAUUUAGAUGACUGGAAAGAAAUGUUUUGGGAAGGUAAGAUAAAGAUCAUAAUUAAAAGGGGGAAUCAAAUUAACAGAAAAAGGUGGUCAAUUGACUUUAUAUUUUAUUGACAAAAAUACUUCAGCAGUUUAGACCUUUGUAAAUUUUCCAGAUAAUCCAUACUAAGCAAUAGAGAAAACAGUUGAUAGUUAAAGGUAGAGAAAAUGAAUAAUUAAUUUAGAGGAUAUGCAAUUAGAUUAGUAACACCAACAGGAGGUCAUCAAUGGGUUGGAUGUGUUUUUAGAGAUAGGAAUGAUGCUUUUGAUUUCAAUGAAAAGAUUUUAAAAUUCAUUUCAGAUAGAGAAAUGGAAAGAAAUCCAGAGAAAUUUAAAAAUGAAUUUCAACCUUAAUAAGAUUUUAGUUUGAAAUAAGGAUAAAAAUUAUAAAUAUCUUUUGGAGAAGGAAAUUAAUAAAAGAAAUAAACUUAGCAGAAAGGAUCAACCAAUUUAUCCGAAUUUAAAUUUGCACCUCCUCCUGAUUCAGGUGAUUUUGGUUAAUUUUCAUAGCCAAUUCAAUAAUAACAAUAAUAAUAGACUUAAUCUGUUUAAAAUAGUUGGGGUAAUUUUGAUUUCAACUCUUGGAAUCAACCAAUUGCAUAAUAAUAAUAAUAGUAGAAUGCUUUCUAAUAAGUACCCACUUAAUAAUAAUUUGGAUUUGGAUAACAAUAAUAAUAAUAAUAAUAAUAAAAAUAAUAAUAAUAAUAAUAAUAAUAAUAAUAAUAAUAAUAAUAAUAAUAAUAGCCUUUUUAAUAAUAUAAUAUGUAGGCAUAAACAUUUACUAUCUAAUCAUAACCAUAAUAAUAAAAGGAUGUAAAAUCUAAGGAAAUGAAUUUAUUGGAUUUAUGA